UACUCUUUUGAAUUCGAGCAUUAAAAAAACAAUCAGGACCAAGCCAAUCUAAAUAUAAUUAAAAUGCCUUCAUUUUAAUGGCAUGUUCAAUGGAACAAAGAUUUCAAAGCUCCGGCGCGUUUCGGCAGCAUGGCCUUGAUCAUAGGCCUACAAAGAUACAAUGAUGUCUUGUUUUUGAACAAACCAUGUUCCGACCGUUUUUAGCUCCAGUAAAAUAGUCACGCACACGCAUUAGCGAACAGAUGAAACUGGGGGGAAAUAGGGGUGUAAUUCUAGGAAGGAAAAUGGGAGGGAUCUAGAUGCAUUUAAAUAGAAACUUGUUUUCGUUGCAAAACGCAAAUGUUUGGACAAAUGAUUGCACCCACGUUUUUGUUGGUACCAACGGCAACAAUGAUUUGAACUCAGCAAAAUUAUCAAAACGUUUUCAGUACAUAGGCUGUGGUCAGUGCGGUAGUAAAAUGGAAGAAGUUACAACAUGUAUCCCAGUGAACCCUGCCUCGAAAGGUAAUCCACCAAUUUAUGGCUCCAUCAUAUCUAAAUUACCUGCAGAAUGCGGAUCUUUCAGUCGAGCAAGGAGAUGGAUGUCAGUCGAAAUAGAGGAGAUGGUUGAAAUUCUUAAACUGGCUGGACCAAUGUUCAUCUCCAUGCUGAUGCUCAUGCUAAUCAGUUUUGUUAGCACGGUGUUCUGUGGACACUUAGGCAAAACGGAGCUGGCAGCUGUGACUCUGGCCACUUCGGUGGUCAAUAUUACAGGCAUAUCUAUCGGCACCGGGCUGGCAUCAGCCUUCGACACAGUGAUUUCUCAGAUAUUCGGAAGCAACAAUCUGAAGUAUGUGGGCGUGAUAGUGCAGAGAGGGAUUCUGAUCCUGCUCCUGUCCUGCUUCCCCUGCUGGGCUCUCCUCAUCAACACAGAGCCCAUCCUACUGGCCAUCCAUCAGAGCCCGGAGGUCUCCAGGCUUACUCAACUCUAUGUGAGGAUCUUCAUGCCUGCUCUGCCAGCAUGCUUCAUGUAUCAGCUGCAAGGAAGAUACCUUCAAAACCAGGGUAUCAUAUGGCCCCAGGUGAUAACUGGAGUGGUGGGGAACCUUCUAAAUGCGAUCACCAACUACACCUUCCUCUAUCAACUCAACUUGGGCGUGGCGGGCUCUGCAGCUGCUAACACCAUCUCCCAGUACACCUUGGCUAUAGUCAUCUAUGUGUACAUCAUAUGGAGAGGGCUGCACAAAGCCACCUGGGACGGCUGGUCACGUGACUGCCUGCAGGAGUGGGGGCCUUUCCUCUACCUGGCUGUUCCCAGCAUGCUCAUGAUGUGUCUGGAGUGGUGGACCUAUGAGAUUGGAGUAUUCAUGGCAGGUCUUAUCGGUGAAGCUGAGCUGGGAGCUAUGUCAGCCCUCUACCAGGUGUCCAGCAUCACAUUUAUGUUUCCUCUAGGGUUUGCUGUAGCUGCCAAUGUGAGGAUGGGGAAUGCUCUGGGUGCUGGGAACACAGAGCAGGCCAAGCUGUCUGGCAAGGUCUCCUUCAUCUGUGCAAUCACAGUUUCCCUUGUCAUUGCCAUUAUUCUUGGGUUGACUAAAGACGUGCUAGGAUACAUCUUCACCCAGGACCAGGAUGUUAUUAAAAAGGCAGCUCCGCUUUUACUGUUGUAUGCCUUCCACCAUGUAUUCGAUGCCAUAGCGGUGAGGGCAGUGCUGCUUCAGCUAAAAGCCAAUUGUACAUCUUGACACUCAUUGACUUGCUUGGUUGGUGACUGAAUCGUUACUCCAAUUAGGAUGUAAGUCCACAAUGACCACCUCCUGUUGCAUGUCGUGGUGGAUAGGCUGAGGUGUACAGUAUAUUGAUGCAAUCAACUACAGCCCCGAAAAUAACUUUGGUCUAAUAACCUCAGUGAUUUAAGAUGACUCAUCAUUUUGUGCACAUGAUCAUUGAACUUUUAAACCCCUUCAUCUCUGGUCCUGCGUUAUCCCACAACGCCCCUAUUUUUUUUUUAUGGUUAGACAAAUCUAAAGGUAAUUGCCAAAAUAAAGGAAACCCUUGAGUAGGUCCACUCAACCCCUCAAGGUGAACGCCAAUAAUUACACAGCCAUUUUGAGUGAUUACCUUCAACCUAUGGUGAAUAAUUUCUAUCCUGAUGGGAGUGGACAAAAUUUCCCCCCCCCAUCCACAGGGCACAAGUGAUCACUGAAUGGUUUGAUGAGCAUGAAAAUGAUCUAAACCAUAUGCCAUGGCCGUCUGUCACCAGAUCUCAACCCAAUUGAACACUUAUGGAAGAUUCUGGAGCGAUGCCUGUGACAGCGUUUUACACCACCAUCAACAAAAGUUCAAAUGAUGGAAUUUCUCUUGGAAUAAUGGCGUCCUAUCCCUCCAAUGGAGUUCCAGACCCUUGUAGAAUCUAUGCUAAGGCGCUUUGAAGCUCUUUUGGCAGCUCGUGGUGGCCCAAUGUUUCCAUUAUUUUGGCAGUUACCUGUGUAUGCACAUAUAACAGGGCAUUUUUCCUCCUUGGGAAGCGAAGUAAAGCCUUCAGGGUGUUUCUACAGGUGUUGAUGGGCGGCGUUGUAAGGGGAGCAGGAAAACAGAUGGUUGGUGCUGUGUCCUACCUGGUUGGUUACUACAUUAUAGGCCUGCCCAUUGCAGUGUCUCUCAUGUUUCCCUUCAAAAUGUGCAUAUUAGGUAAGGCAUUAGACAUUUGGAGACUGCAAUAACCCAUCAUUGUGAUGUACAGUGUAACCUUUUCUCACAUGGUCAUAUUGCCCAUUUCUCUCAGGAUUUAGGAUCGGGUUCUUCCUAUGUAGCAUUCUGCACUCUGUUUUCCUUAUUGUCUACAUGUGUAAACUCAACUGGAAACAAACCACCUA